AUGUAUAUUUACGAGUUGCCGUUUGAGAUAAACAAGGAGCUAUGUCGUUUGCUCGACGUAGAAAACUAUUGGAAGGAAUUGGCUGGUAACUGGAUGAAAUAUACUGCCUUUGACGUAAACGAUAUAGAACAAACCUCAAUACGCUUAGGAGUAUCACCAACAAAUCAUUUACUGUCAAAAUGGGGCCAACUGAACCAUAGAGUAGAUGAACUUUUUGUUUUGUUAUACAAAAUGAAGCACAUGCCAGCACUAAACUGCCUGAAGCCUGUAGUCAACACUGACUUCCACAAAUUGUUAAAUAAACAUCGACACUUGAGCAGUUCUAGGGAUAAGAAAACUGCACUUGUUACUGAGCAUUCAAACAAGAAGAAUUCAGUAAGGACUGAUGGGUCUAUACCGUUGCCUGUCAUGUUGAUAGAAAAUGGUGAACAACUGCCAACAACGAGCCGAGUACAAAAUGGCUACUCUCCGUCGCCGAAUUAUGAAACAAGUUCAGAUAUCAGUAAGACAUCAUCAACACAAGGCGACAAGCUGAAUGAAGACAACGAGUUCUUGAAGAAUGUAUCAGCUAUUCCGAAGAUGAGCUAUGAAGAAUUGAAGGAAGCGACCAACAACUGGUCUGAGAGCAACCUGCUGGGACGAGGAGGAUUUGGACAGGUGUUCAAAGGUGAAUGGAAGCACUUGCCGGUGGCGGUGAAGCGACUCCUAGAUAACAAUGAUCACAACAAGGAGCUCAUCAGAGAGAUGUGUCUCAACCAGUACCGACACGAUAACAUACUGCCGUUGUACGGAUACUCACUUGGAGGUCCAGAAGCCUGUCUAGUGUACCAGCUAAUGGGUGGAGGGUCGUUAGAACAGCGACUGAGGAUGAAGACACAUCACCCACCACUCACCUGGUCACAACGAUACAACAUCGCUCAUGGCAUUGCUAGAGGUCUUCAAUUCCUACACACAAUGGCGGGUACGCCCCUAAUUCACGGCGAUAUCAAACCAGCAAACAUACUCCUAGACACAUGCCUCAUGCCGAAGAUAGGAGACUUCGGACUCGCUAGGAAAGGACCCUACGGAGAUGAUAGGACACAUGUUAAAGUUUCCAAGGUAUUUGGCACAAAACCCUACCUUCCGGACGAGUACCUACGCGACCGAUCCCUAUCACCAGCAGUAGACGUGUUCAGCUACGGAGUAGUUGUGGUGGAGAUGGCCACUGCCCUCCCAGCUAAUGACAAAACAAGACCUGAACAGUUCCUCAGCAUGUACAUACAUCAGCUAUAUAACCGGGGACUUGAUAUGGCUACUCUAGAAGACCCAGUGUUACUUGGAACCAACCAGUCGAACCCAGGGAUGUGUCUUGCAUUCAUCGCUAUAGGACUUCAUUGCACCAAGUACGCGAGGCAUCAAAGGCCCACAAUGUUAGAAGUUUACAAAAAACUAAAUGAUAUGAAAGGACCAUCUUGUUGCACUUGA